AUGAUUCUCAAGAUCCAUGCUCCAUCAGUUCUGGUGGACGAGCAGUAUAGAAAGCAGAGCUCGAUCUUCGCAUCCCCGGACUGGCAGCGUUUCUUCGACCAUGCCGGUGAAGUAGACUCUGACACGCAUUCUGGCUUCUGGUGGGAGUUCUUUGGCAGAGCCUGCGCCUUUGUUCCUGGGAUUCUAAAGGAUAUAACCGCCCUGUUCAAAGAUCCGACCUGCCCCCAGUACAAGACACGCAGUCUGGACAUACUCGAGCGAGCGAACAGAGUCCACACAGCUCUGCACGACAGCCACAGCCGCUUCCAACAGCGAGCUCCCCAUCUUGCGUCUCUCGUCGACCUCCCCGUCUCAGCCGAGUCACCGGAUAGAGUGAGGCUCCGCGCCCUCUUUAUAUACACUACCAUCAGCGUAUGCCGUAUCCGGGCUACCUUUUCUACGAGCGAGGCCGAGCAGGCAGCCAGCGAAGCAGAGGCGCAGACUCUCGCAGCCCGGGCUCUGCUCAUCGAGAGGGCCAUCACGGAGCUGGAUCCGGCCAUGUCCUGGCAUCUGCAGCAGAGGAACGCCCUCGCGCAUGUGGUUAUACAGACAAGAGACGGAUGGGCGAGCAGCAGGACGGACGGAGACGUUGACCGUUUCCUGGCACAACGGUGGAUGGACCUGGAGGACGCAUGGCAGGCGAGGGUUCUAACUGAGGCUUUUGGCGAGUCUCAUAGUUCGUAG